AGACGGUAGGUCAAACCCCGGAGAGGUUCUCAAACAGGGAUAUUUCCGAUGGACAUUUUCGUUUAUACAAAUGAUUGCUUUUGGUAAUAGUAAAAACAAUUUGUAGAAAUUAAUAUUUUAUUUGUAUAUUGGUUGCCAUUUGUUAAUCGGGCAAAUCAGGUACAAGCAUGCGUCAAAUCUAAUUUUCGCACAUUUCCUACCAAGGUUGCUGAGUUUCACUUACUACAGUGAGUUACACCCAAAAGAGUUGAACAAUCACAAUUUUGUAAAUAGUUAUAAUUUUGUGAAGUGCUCAGGAUCAGCUAGUAUUAUAAAAUUGAAGAUUGUACAUCGACGCCCAAAAUAUUUUGGCUAAAAAUCUUGCAAUAUUUUUCAAUGAACAAAUUUGUAAACAAUAUUGUGCAAUGCACUAUGUUAAUUGAUACGUAUGGUUUAUUAAAAGUAUUAUUUGUUUAUAUAAUAACGAAAUAUUUAAUAGUAAUAAAUUGUUUUUGUUUUUUUAUUCGGAUUCAUAUUAUUUUUAUAAUCCAAUAUAUCCACGGAUACGCUUCAUGUUUGAAACAUAACUUGUUGUAUAUUAUAACUUUGAUUUAUAGAUAACUGACUUUGAACAAGUAUAUUUACCUAAUAAAUAUUAUUGUAAUAAUGUAUAAAACAACGGAAAAUAUGUUUGAAAGAGAAACCAGUCCUACUCCGGAGAAACACGAAGAACUACAUGCAGACGUAUAUUAUGAGUCUGUAAUAGCCGAGCGUAAUGAAUUGAGAAAAGAAAACGCUGAUCUUAUCUAUAAAUGCUCCGAACUUGAUGCAGAUAAUAAACUAUUAAGAAUAGAAAUAAAUACAAAGGAAAAAGAGAAAACAGACAUACGUGAAAAAUAUAAAGACAAUUCCAUCAAACUACCGAAAUAUCAAGCCAAAGUAAAUGAAUUAAAAAAGGACAAAGCUUCGCUGACUACGAAAAACGAGAGUUUAUUAUUGGAAAUUGGAAAAUUGCGGGCAAAAUGUGAAGAAAUAGAAAAAAAAUAUGAAGAUAAUACGGAUCUGAAUAAAGCUUUAGUUAUUAAAAUUCAAAAGCUUGAGAAAACCAACGCGAAAUUUAAGCAAGAAAAAGAUAAAGAGCAAAAAGUCAAACUACAAACAAAGGCUGAAAAUGAUAAUACAAAAGCUAAGGCUGAUGAUCUUGAAAAAAAUAAUAAAACAUUACAAUUACAAAUAAGUCAACAUAAUGACGAAUUACGUUCCAAAGAUAUUUUAGUAACAGAAUUGAACAGAAAACUUAAAAUUCUUGGGAAUAAUUUUGAUGAUGCAUCGACAAAAUUGAAUUCCUCUGAAACGCAUGUUAAAGACCUGGAACAACAAUUUAAAGAUAAGAAUAAGGAAUGGCAAGACACCAAACUUAAACAUUCAAGUUUACUUCGUGAAAAUAAUAAUUUAAAAGCAAAAUUGGAUGAAAGCAAAGAAUUACAAUUAACAGUUGACACAUUGAGAACAAAUGAAAGUGGGCUUAAAAAACAAAUAAAUGGAUUAAAACAAGAUAUUAUUCGAGAGCAAUCGGAAAAUGGAAUAUUAACAAAACGUAUUCAUGAACUAGAGAAACAAAAAACAGUUUAUGUAUGUAGAUCAGAAGAUAUAACAGUAACAAAGAAGGAAUUAAAAAAAUGUAUGGACGAGAAAGAAUCGUGUGAAAAUCGAUUCAGUAACCUUGAUUGUCCUUUCUACCAGUCAAAAUAUGGUAAACUUGAAGACAAGAUGCCUAAAAUAAAAUACGGUUCAAUAAAUGAAAGUCAUUAUAUAAAAAAAAUAUCUGUACUAGAACAACAGAUCAAAAAUCUGCAUUCAAAAAUUCAUAGCCAAGGGGAAGAACAACGAAAAUAUGAAGAAAAAGUGGGUGAAGUCUGGCAUGAAAAUAAAAAUUUAAAAAAAAGUUUAGAAGAGUUAAAUGCAUUGCUCGAAAAACAAACAGAAGAAAUAAAUUAUGAUAAAGUUAAGAUGAUGGGAAAAGAUUCAAAAAUUCGAAAUCUAGAGAAAGAAAUGAAUGCUCGUGAUAAUAAAUGUAAAUCAGUAAAUAGAGAAUUAGGUAUAGCACACAGAAAAAUACUAGAUGUUCAAAAGGAAAUGGGUUCCAUGAAAAAAGAUAACGUGAUAGCAAAAAAAAUCAUUGAAAAUGCGGAGAAAUACAAAGCAGAAUUAAGUUAUAAAGCUGAACACUCAGAAAAAUGCUGCUCUGAUAUUAAGAAAAUAGAAUUAGAAUGUCAACAAAAAAUCCAAAAGUUAGAAAUAGAUGCAAAAAAAAUUGAAUCUACUAAUGAAAAGUUUCAGAAAAAAAUCAAUAAAUUAACAGAAGAAUUAAAUAAGAAGAAUCAAGAACACGAAGAAUUGAAAAAUUCAUUUAAAAAUUUGAAGACCGAAGAUGAGUUAAAUAAAAAAAAUUACUAUAAAUGUAUAGACGAUAUGAAAAAUAAACAGGCAACAUUUUCAAAUGCAAAUAAUGCAUUAAAAUUAAAAAAUGACCAUAUGUCUAAAUUCGAGAAAGACAAUGCCGAAUUAAAAUCAAAAAUACAGGACUACGAAAGAAAUCUGGUUUACCAACAAAAAAGAAUGAAUGCCUAUGAAAAUAAAUAAAAAAUAGGUGGUCGCAGGACAAAACGCCAUGCAGAAUCAGGUAGUAAUUAUA